UUUAGUCCCACCCAUGCAUCUCAUUCUCGUUCUAUGGUUGGCUGUUUGGAGUUAGCUUGUGCGUUUGACUGGCUAAGAUAGCUGCCUGUUAGUUAGCUAUGUAUAUUAAGCUGAUUAAGCGGAUCAGACUUAACCCGCAGUCCAACAAUAUAGAGUUAAGUACACGUAGUUUAUGCUAUUUUCAGGCACCCGUUAGCUGGCAGUGUAGUUAGCUAACUAGUUAAGCUAAUUUAUCAACUGCAGCUUCGCUAUUUCAACAGAUCUUGGAUUUUCUGUAAGGAACGAAAGCAGACGAUUCCUGAAAUGUCUUCAGACGAAGACAGGGCCAAGGAAAUUCUGAAAGGCUUCAAACUAAACUGGAUGAAUCUUCGAGAUGCAGAGACGGGCAAAGUUCUGUGGCAGGGGACUGAUGACCUCUCUGUGCCAGGAGUAGAACAUGAAGCUCGUGUCCCGAAGAAGAUCCUAAAAUGUAAAGCAGUGUCCAGAGAACUGAACUUCUCCUCCUCUGAAAAACUGGAGAAGUUCAGACUGGAGCAGAAAGUUUUCUUCAAAGGACAGUGUCUAGAAGAAUGGUUCUUUGAGUUUGGUUUCGUUAUCCCCAACUCCACUAACACGUGGCAGUCUCUGAUAGAAGCAGCUCCAGAGUCCCAGAUGAUGCCAGCCAAUGUUUUAACGCAACAUGAAAAAUAUGGCGGGACAUCUCCCCAGGCAUCAUAAAGAAGUAGACUUAACUGAGAAAACUACACCGGUUAACACAGGCAGCUCUUCUGUCCUUAUUAAGAGGUAAACUCCCACGAAAUACAACUCGCGCCAAGGCAAUAACUAGCAUUUUUUGCAUCAGACAUGCAACCUUAUUUGGUGGUGGAAAACCCUGGAUUUAAGCAUGUAAUUGGCGUAGGUUGCAUCUUACCACAAAGGUGUUGCCCUCCAUGUGUGAUAACGUGAAGAUGUGAUGAUCCAAGCUGUCUGUUUUAAACAUCAGAUUAUAUUUCCUGAUGCAGCUUUGACCGUCUAAUCAUCCUGUAGUUGAGUGCACCUAUUUUUUUCUUACUUGGAAAUGACUGUUGGUUUGUGUCCAACCUGUUGGAUCAGAUGACUGGUCAAGUCGCUUGAUGUGCCAAUUUAAUUUAAGCAACAUUAUGUAAAAAUGUGUACUUUGUGAGAUUCGACCCCCUCCAGUGUUUCUGUCCUAUAUACAAAUCCCAGCUUUCUGUAAAAAAUUGUCAGCUGCAAUGUGACAUCGCAUGCUAACUACAAACAAAACUUGCAGUUUAUGGGUUGGUAAGCCCUCCAGAUACCCAAAUAUAUGUGCACAGGCACUUAAAAAGUGUGUUUUCAUGCAGUUCAGAACAGUAACAUCACACCAAGCUAAUGUAAUGUGAACCACAGACUAUAAUACUUGUUACAUGCUACCAGCUAAACCUCUGUGGAAAUGGGCUUGCUUGGCUUGUUAUCAAAGACUAGAGAGUUGACAACUUUGCCAAUGUAGCCAAAGAUCGAGCAAGUGCAACAACACAAUACAUAUAAUUUAGCAAGGCAGCUAAUAAUACGCACUGUUCAACAAAGUCCUGUUCAGUGUCUGUCGUCAGUGUCGUCACACUUUAUUUAGGAGAGAUGUUGCAGACGACUAAAAGCCAGUCUUAGUGACUGAAAGAGACGAGAGAAAAUCUGUGUUCUCCUCCUCUUAGUCUCCUCUGCAGACGGCCUCUUUGUUCUCCUCGCCUCCUCAUGAUGUCCGUAGAGGCUGCUGAGCCCAAUUUUGUUGCUCACUUUCCUAGCUCUGGUUCUGGUGGUGAUUCUGGUCCUGGACCUGAACACUUCCUCUUUCCAGUGGUCUAAAACUGCUGUGGUAGUGCUGUUAACACCCAAACUCCCCAGCAGUGCUCCCAGCAGAUUCAGCUAGCAGAGCUAACUUGUCGCUACACUCAGCAGCAGAUACAGGUUACCUUCAGGCAAAGCAGCCAGCGGACAUAAGAGGUAAAAUCAGAAAACCUUUUCUCCAUAAAAUAUCACAACAAGUCAACAAGUCACUGUAGCAUCGAGUGAUUUUGUAGCCGUUAAGCUAGAUUAACAAUACAUCACAUCACUUAAAGCCACAUUAUGUGACAUUACCAUGUUGUCGGGUCUCUCAGGAUCUCCUAUUAAUGAAUGAUAGGAAUGAAAACUUCAGAAUUCCAAGCCUAGUUGGAAUCAACUGAAAUGAUCCUUUAACUGUGUGUCCAUACAACAGUAGAAACGAAUGGAUUCAUGGUUGUUAUAUAGUUAUGUUUUUUGAAAGAGUGAUUUGAUGCCUCUGUUAAAGUUGACCUG